UUACUCAUCAUAUUUAGGUCACCCAUUUCAACAAAUGUCACAACUGUGUGUAAGACAUUGGAGUGUGUUAAUUUCAUGUUUAUUAUUUUCCUGGAUGUUUUCAACCCAGGGCCUUUCGAUUGCUCUAUUCACUAGUAUUUCUAGUAAGGCACUUUUUAACAAUUAGAACUACCACAGAUGGAACGAAGUUACUUAUUUAGGUCACCCAUUCUAACACACAUCUCGACUAUGGGCAGUCUUUUCAUGAACUCUUUGAAACAUCUUGAGUUAGAACAAGUAUUCUACAAUUUCCAGACCUUCAUAAUUUCCUAAAGCUGAGACUGUAAAUAUGGUUGCCUACCAGAAAAUCCUGCAAUUGUCAUAUAUUGACAAGUUUUUAGAUGAUGUUCAUCUUGAAUUUCGGGAUAAAUUUAAGGAGGACUUGGAAAACGGCCAAUUUUUUUCAAAUUUUGAUUUUGGAAAUGAGUUUGAAAAGAUCUUAGCGUCUGCAGAAGAAUAUGGUCGCAUAGUAACAAGUCAGCCAAAAAAGAUGCGUACGUUUGAAGAAUCACUGAAAUCUAAGAAAACUGUAGCGUCCAUGAUAGAGAAUAAGAAGGAACCAAAGCCUACUUCAAAAGGAAAGGAGAAUAAAGAGUCACUGAAAGGAAAAAAUGACAACAACAAAACAGCUCCAAAAUCUUGUGUGAGAGCUACACAAAAUGGAUUCACUGAGAAGAACAGUGUUGUGUUAAAUGGAGAAGUGGAUUCUGAGAUCAUUAUAAAAAACAGACAAAAGAUGUUUGAAAAAAUGCAAGGAAAACCAAAGAAGUCUGAUAAAACAAAAAGCCCUUCAUCCAAAGAAAAUAAAACCAAGAAACCACGAGUGUGGGAUAAUAGUGGUACGUGUCGAGAUGCCCAAUUUUUAGACUUCAGUGAAGAACCUAAAAUUAGACAAGAAGGGACUGGUUCUGAAGACUAUUUGAAUGAAGAGACUCGAGCUUGGGUGGGACAAAUGAAAGGAGACAUUAAGAGCAUGGAAUAUUCAGAAAGCGAAGAUGAACUGUCUGAAACAGAGGAAAAAUUUCCGUCAAAAUCUAGACAAAAUGGGAAAGAGAAGGGGUUUGGUAUGUUCAACAUGUUUCGAGGUCUUGUUGGAUCAAAAAGCAUUUCUCGUGAAGACAUGGAACCAAUCUUAGACAAGCUAAGAGAUCACAUGAUUGCUAAGAAUGUAGCCACUGAUAUUGCUGGAAAGCUAUGUGAAUCUGUAGCUUCUAGACUGGAGGGUAAAGUUUUGGGGACUUUUACUGGUGUUGCAUCGACAGUAAAAGCAACUCUUGUUGAUGCUCUUGUUCAGUUGCUAUCACCUCGUCGACGGGUUGACAUUUUACGAGAUGUGAUAGAAGCUCAACAACAGCAGAGGCCUUACGUCAUGGUUUUUUGUGGUGUCAAUGGAGUUGGAAAGUCAACUAAUUUAGCAAAGAUUUGCUUUUGGCUGGUAGAAAACAACUUUAAAGUUCUGAUUGCUGCCUGUGAUACUUUUCGAGCGGGAGCCGUGGAACAACUUCGUACCCACUCUCGCUGUUUGAAUGCCUUACAUCCUCCUGAGAAACAUGGGGGUUAUCCUGUAGUCCAGUUAUACCAGAAGGGGUAUGGGAAAGAUGCUGCUGGGAUUGCCAUGGAAGCAAUUAAUCAAGCUCGUGACUGUAAAAUGGAUGUCGUUCUUGUGGAUACUGCUGGUAGAAUGCAAGAUAAUGAACCUUUGAUGAGAGCUUUGGCCAAGCUGAUCAAAGUGAACUCACCAGACUUGGUCCUGUUUGUUGGAGAAGCACUUGUAGGGAACGAGGCUGUAGAUCAGUUGGUGAAGUUUAAUCAAGCCCUGGCUGAUCAUUCGAGUCAGGAAAAACCACAUUUGAUUGAUGGCAUUGUUCUGACUAAGUUUGACACAAUUGAUGAUAAGGUAGGAGCAGCUAUAUCCAUGACAUACAUCACUGGUCAGCCAAUAGUGUUUGUUGGAACAGGACAAACUUACACUGAUUUGAAAAACCUCAAUGCUAAAGCUGUUGUCCAUGCUCUCAUGAAGUAAACCUCUGUAUUAAGAAUAGAGGCUCUUCCACUAGUAUAGUAUUUUUCAGUGUAAAAGUACAUUUGUUAUGGCCAGUUGUUGCUAAACACAUUAACUAUUUGUAGCUUAACGUAAAUCAGUGUUUUCUUCUGUAAUGUUAAUAGCAUAUUUCAAGUUUAGAUGUUCAAAUGAAUGAUUAUAAUGUUGAUGCUUAUAAUUGAAAAUAAAUUAUGAAAAUGUUGCCCUCUAGAGCCAUUUAGAAAGUAGUAUACCAAGUUGAAUAAUUUCUUUAAACUGUUUUCUUCUUAGUUUUGACCUAUUAUACUUGAUAAGUGGAAGGAAUAUAUUUCUAGUAUUGCAAUGACCGAGUACAUGGAAGAGAUAAGUGAUAAAUUAAUGCUCUUCAUAUUAUUGUGAUGUCUAUAUUAAACAUUAUUCAUGUGUAAAAUAUUUUAUUUUGAUCUAAGAAUAAGAGUUCCUUAAUUAGAGUUGUUCAUUUGAGAAAAAUUAUAAUUUUUUAUCACAUUUUACCAUAACGAGAGCACAAUGUCCAGAGAAAACUCUGAUUUGAAAAUGUAACUCAUAAUUUGAGUAGUCUGUGCUCUUCUUAUUUAUUGCUUAAACUUUAAAUAUUUAAUGUUUACUCAAAAUGCAACAAAAUAUUUUUUUAUAUAAAUAACAGUAAUGUAUAAAUCAGUACAAUUUUUGGUUUCAAAAUUUGAGAAGAACAUUUUUUGUAACAAGUGGUUGAUUUGAGAGCAGCUUAUGUAAGACAUAGAAUUUCUUGGUAUAUAUUGAUAUAAAUGACAAUUCAAAUAAUGAACCUAUUGUAAAAUGAAUAUGCCCAACCUUUUUACAAAGCAAGUUUUAAUUUCGUAGAAUUGAUCAGAAACUAGUUUUGAGUGGAAUACAAAUGUGGAUUAGGAGUUUGUUAUUAUGUAUUAAAAUGUUAAAUUUCCUUACCUUGUAUAAUUGAAAGAACAAUUUUAGCAUAUGCAUAAAAGUAUUUUAUUUCUUCAUUGUUUUUAACACUGAUACUUUUAUGUGAAAACCCAAAUGGAAUACAAACAUGAUAGUUGUAUUUAAGUCAAACUUUGAUCUAUCUGUAGAUAAAUAAUGACUCAGCAUUUUGAGUUUAUACAAUCACGUAUAUGUAACAAACUAUUGUAUGUUAAUGAUAGUCUGGUAUAAAUUAUUAUAUUCAUCCUCAGAGAGGCUAGCUUGCAGAAUAUGUUAAAAAAACAAAAAUUUUUAGUUUUUGAUUCUUUUCUUCUUUUCAGUGCAUUAUUAGCAACAUUACUUUUUGUGAAAUAUCUAUUUGUUUCAUUAAAAUGGCAGUUGAAACAUUUGAAGGCUUUUUUCCAUCCCUUAUACCAUCUUUCAUAUCAGAUUUCAGAGAUGGAGCUACAUAAAAGUAUGAUAUUACCAUAUAUUCAGUGUAUAGAAAAGUUAUGUUUGAGUAAAGAAUGUAUCUAUUAAAACAGUUGGUAUAUGGAA